AUGGCGUCUCGCCGGGUCGCCUCCUCGCUCCUCCGCUCCGUCUCCCGCCUCCGGGCCACCUCACCCGCGGCGCCGCGCCCGCGCGCGCCGCCGCACCGCCCGUCCCCUGCCGGGUACCUCUUCAACCGCGCCGCCGCCUACGCGUCCUCCGCCGCGGCCCAGGCGGCGCCCGCCACCCCGCCGCCGGCUACCGGGAAGACCGGGGGCGGCAAGAUCACCGACGAGUUCACCGGCGCCGGCGCCAUCGGCCAGGUGUGCCAGGUGAUCGGCGCCGUCGUCGACGUGCGCUUCGAUGAGGGCCUCCCGCCCAUCCUCACGGCGCUCGAGGUGCUCGACAACAACAUACGCCUCGUGCUCGAGGUGGCGCAGCACCUUGGCGAGAAAAUGGUGCGCACCAUCGCUAUGGACGGCACGGAGGGGCUCGUCCGCGGCCAGCGCGUCCUCAACACCGGCUCCCCCAUCACCGUGCCUGUUGGCAGGGCUACCCUUGGACGCAUCAUAAAUGUCAUCGGUGAGCCGAUUGAUGAGAGGGGUGACAUAACUACAAACCACUUCCUCCCUAUUCAUCGUGAAGCCCCUGCUUUCGUCGAGCAGGCCACUGAGCAGCAAAUUCUUGUUACUGGAAUCAAGGUCGUGGAUCUUCUUGCACCCUACCAAAGGGGUGGAAAGAUUGGUCUCUUCGGUGGUGCAGGAGUGGGUAAAACUGUGCUCAUUAUGGAGCUGAUCAACAAUGUUGCUAAGGCACAUGGUGGUUUCUCUGUGUUUGCUGGUGUUGGAGAACGUACCCGUGAAGGUAAUGACCUGUACAGGGAAAUGAUUGAAAGUGGUGUCAUUAAGCUAGGUGACAAGCAGAGUGAAAGCAAGUGUGCUCUUGUCUACGGGCAGAUGAACGAGCCCCCGGGUGCUCGUGCUCGUGUUGGGUUGACUGGUUUGACUGUUGCUGAACAUUUCCGUGAUGCUGAAGGACAAGAUGUGCUUCUGUUUAUUGACAACAUUUUCCGUUUCACUCAGGCAAACUCUGAGGUGUCUGCUCUUCUUGGACGUAUCCCAUCUGCUGUGGGAUACCAGCCAACCCUUGCCACUGAUCUUGGAGGACUGCAAGAGCGUAUCACGACAACAAAGAAGGGUUCUAUUACGUCUGUCCAGGCUAUCUAUGUGCCUGCUGAUGACUUGACGGAUCCCGCUCCCGCCACUACCUUUGCCCAUCUUGAUGCUACAACUGUGUUGUCACGACAGAUCUCUGAGCUUGGUAUUUAUCCUGCUGUCGAUCCACUGGAUUCCACAUCAAGAAUGCUUUCUCCCCACGUGCUGGGUGAGGAUCACUACAACACUGCUCGUGGUGUUCAGAAGGUUCUUCAGAACUACAAAAAUCUUCAGGAUAUUAUUGCUAUCUUGGGUAUGGACGAGCUCAGUGAGGAUGACAAGUUGACAGUCGCUCGUGCAAGAAAGAUUCAGCGUUUCCUGAGCCAGCCUUUCCAUGUCGCUGAAGUUUUCACGGGUGCUCCAGGGAAGUAUGUAGAGCUGAAGGAAAGCGUGAAGAGUUUCCAGGGUGUUUUGGAUGGGAAGUAUGAUGACCUCUCCGAGCAGUCAUUCUACAUGGUUGGAGGCAUUGAGGAAGUCAUUGCUAAGGCUGAGAAAAUUGCCAAGGAGUCUGCUUCAUAA